CCAAUUAUACUUUCAAAGCUUAACACACACUGCCGUAAGAUAAAACCUGCCUUGGGACUAUCAUUCGAUUUUAAAUUCCAGAAAUGUUUUCAAUUGAUAUAAAUUAAUAAAUAAUGUGAAAUUAACCAGAACCCAUAUAUACUACUACUGAUUGAUUUUUGGUGCUGGAAAGAGUUUAAUGUACGGAGUUAUAGGUAACUCACUAGUCUGGCAAAGAUGUGAUGGGCGUCACCUUUUCUGCUCACAUGCUUUCCUUGACAGAUGAAGGGCUGAACCACGAGUGCAAACUUUGCAGCCAAACCUUCGACUCCCCCGCCAAGCUGCAGUGCCACCUGAUCGAGCACAGCUUCGAAGGGAUGGGCGGCACCUUCAAGUGUCCCGUCUGCUUUACAGUGUUUGUUCAAGCAAACAAGUUGCAGCAGCAUAUUUUCUCUGCCCAUGGACAAGAAGACAAGAUCUAUGACUGCACGCAAUGUCCACAGAAGUUUUUCUUCCAAACAGAGCUGCAGAAUCAUACGAUGACCCAACACAGCAGUUAGUGCAAGCACCGUCUCUCAAGGAGAAUGACUUUUGUGGCACAAAAAGGGAACAUGUUUUACUCUUUGCACGAAACUUUCAUUGUUAAUGUAUAUUAUUCAGAAACAUUGUAUUGUACCAUAAAACUUGUAUUAUCAAAACUGUUGGAUGUUCAUGUGUUUGAACUUUUGAGCACCGGAUAGACCCCCUGUAUAUAAAGUGUCUCACAUGUAUUAUGUCGUCUGAUACUAAAAUGGUCUUAUAAAGACAAGUGGACUUGGGCCCUAUUCAGGCAAGAUUAAAAAAAAAAAAGAAUGUGAGCAAAAUGGCUUAAGAGAAAGUAUUUUCAAGGAAGACAGAUUAAAACAACCCGGUUACACAUGAGACUAUAUUUGGACUUCCUUUUCUUAACACUUAAGCCUAGAAUUUCUCUUUUUUGGUAUAUCAACGGUUAAACCCAAGACUAUUUUUUAUUGCUGAAGAUUCUUGCAAAAAACCAUGAAGAGAUGUUCUCACAGAACCCCACAGCUGGGUAAGGCCCGUAUAUAUAUUUGUAAGCCUUGCAAUGUGACAGGUAGCAUCACUAUAUAUGCAAUAGUUGUUAUGUAGACUGUCAAAGAAUUUUUUUUUUUCCUGGAUACAUUUGAAGCUUUGAGUGUUCAAGGUUUUCCUUAAUGAUUUCACACAGCCAAAUUCUUGAAUCAGUUGAACUAACCUGUAUGUUACUGUUAUUAAUGUUUACUCUGCGGUCUGAACCUGGAGAUUACUGGAAUUGUUUUCCAAGAGGAAAUAAAUUCAGUUUACCAUUAGG